ACACGUACUAGUAUGUGUACUUACCCAAAACAUUUGCAGAGCCAUGUGCGAUUUCGGCCAGUUUAUAGCAACCUACAUCGUUUUCUGCGUUCUCUUGAAGGGGAGAGAUCACAUACCAAGACGUCAACAGAUUCCUCGAAAGCUAGAUCAGUUCAUGCCGAAGGAGAAGAAGGGGUUCAAACAACUAAAACCCACCAUAAACUUGAAGAUGCAAAGGCGAAACUCUUGAGAAACCCUAGGAGUUGGUGGUGUGACUGGCCUCUGUUUAUUAGAUGCAUGGGCACAAUUCCAGGAAUAAGCAACCUAGAUCCGUUAACUUGGCCCGAUUCUGAGUGGUGUAGUCUUGAGGUGGAGUGCGAUGAACCUGAGAUUUCUAAUACUACAAACUGUGUUUCUCGAGGCGGCAUGCCUAACAUUCUUGAUGGUUCAUUAAUUGGUUUGAAUUCGAAAGAAAUGUCGGACGAAAACUGUAACCAGAGUGAUCACGUAUACACUUGGCUCCAUCUUGACCCUUGUCUCUCUCCCACUAUCUUGGAUGAUGAUUUUGGUGCACCGAAGAAUUCUGAAUAUUUCCCGAGUCUUUCUGGUUAUCUUGUGGGAAAUCUCUACGUGCAAGAAUAUGCUGACAACGUAACUCUCGAUGGGCAUCUUCCACAGGUUCGAAAAUUUAUACCAAGGUAUGAAGUUAAGAAGAUGGGUGAAGGGAGAUGCAACUUUUGAACUCUGUUGAUCAAUGGCUACAUAUUAGAAUCUGGCUAUGGUAAAAAGAUGGUUCCUAAUUGAAUCUUACAAACUAACCAAAAUAUUUUUGAGACGAGUGGAUCACAAAUCUGCUGCUUCGUCUUUUUUGUAAAGGGGCUCAUAUUGGUAUAUUCUCAUCAAUUUCCACGAAACUAUGUUGGAAAAUAGAUAGACAAACGCUUUUUGGUAUAUGGCAUAUAUGGUUUGUAAUUAAAGCUGCAUUUUGGAACUAUGUGGCAAAAUAGAUAGCAAAUCCUUUUGGCAUCAAGAUACUUGGUUCUUUGGCAUAUGGUUUAUUAUAAAAAUGCAUUUUGUAG